GCGAUUAAGCCAAAAUUAUUGGUUUCGCAAAAAUUAUUUUCGCGCAUCAAGGUCAAAAUCGGUAUGCAAUAUUUCAGGUUUAGGCUAAAAUAAAAAUAUUUUCUAAAAAAACAGUCUGAUUUAUACAGCGAUAUCCUCGUAGUCCAUAAACCAGGGUUCACAUUGGUAAAUUACGUCAUCAAAUAUUAGGAAUUUUAUGGGUCUUCACAAAACCAAGUAAAAAAAUGAACACAAUGACACCUCCUGUACUUUACUUCACUAAGGUGACAUAUAAAACUUGCAUACAAUACAAUUUUCUAUUAGUUCUUUUUGAAAGAAUGAAUUUUAAAAUCCCUCUUGCACAUAAAGUUGAUUUGUAUUACCCUGGUCUAUAAAAUACAAAUUUGAGGGAAUUAGACUUCCCGUCUUUGAAUAUAUGAUCAUUUCAACAAAUUUGAUAUCAAACUUCAAAAUUUCACCUCUUGUCUCAAGAACCACCGUGAACUGCUUGUUUUUAUAUAUAAAGAUAUACCUUUAAAAUAAGUCGGGCAGAGGUUUUCCCUCUAGGUUGUGUGGUGUUUUGAGAGAUUUAAGUACUUGCACCAUCAAUACAUUUAGCUCAAUGAUGAAUUAUAUGAACAGCUAGGGAUUGAAAGGCGUCGGACAGCUGUUUACCAUCCGCAGGCAAAUGGCCAAGAUGAAAAUACCAACAAAAACAUUAAAAAGUAAAUUUUACUGUCCUUGCGUUACUUUUAAUUUAAUUUAAUUUUGUUUUACAUUUUCGCUAUAAACCUAAUUCUAAUUAUUAAGUAAACUACGAAAGUUGGUAAAUGAAAAUGCUACAAAUUGGGAUGAUCUUCUCGAUGUUGUUCUAUUUUCGUUGAGAACAGAAAGGCAGACAUCAACAAAAGUAUCACCAUUUGAAGUGAUGUUUGGAGGGCGUCUACCUAAAUUUGAAGAAGAGUUUGAUGGGGUACUUAUAUAGUUUUUUUGAUUUCUUAUGAUGGGAUUUGCCGCUUUUUUUACUUUUGUAAUUACUCCUAAAACUUUUACAAUUGUCAAUUUGGAAAUCACGUCGUUUCAGAUUUUUUUAAGCAUAAUCAGACUAUUGUUCAUGCAUUUACGUUUAUUUAAUUUCAAUUAGUACGCUAAAUUUUUUAUCCUGUUUGAUUUUAUAUUUUAUUACAUUUUUAUAACAUCAAAGAAACUUUGGUUUCUGUUAUUGUGAAUUAUUCUUCUAUUUACUAUUUCUAAGGCAACAAAUCUCGUGGAACCUUCCACUGAAGAUAUUCAAGCUGAAAUGUUAAUAGUCAGCAAAAAAGUAGAAGAGGUUACUGCAACAAUACGAAAGGUAAAUAUUUUUGUAAUUGUUGUUAUUUGGACCCAAGUGUAAUAUAUGUUGCGUCAGCCAAUUGACACAUAGUCAGGGGCCCCGUGUACGUUAAAGUUUAACGAUGUUUAAUUUUUCGCUUUGACAACAUUUUUAUUUUCAAUAAAAGUUAACUGUAAACUCCCUCUUUAGUUAAUGAAUAAAAUACAAAUAGCAUACUAAAGUAUAACCAAAUGAAGUAAAUCAAAACCCUGUUUAUUUCAACGACUUCGCGGCAAGUUAAAAAAGCCGCCAUUUUGCGUGACCGACAGACAGACGUGUAGAAGUAUGAUGAUAUAGACUAGUCGGUGGUUCUUAAAAAAAUCCACGGGUCUGCCUGUCUUUUUUUUGCGUCUCUCUACUUGCGGUACUAUUUUCCGUGACAGAUAGACAAACAUUACGGGUAUUAUAAUAUAGAUUCUAUUCUAUUUUAAACCAGUAUUUCUUCUGUAACCCAAACAGAACCUAAUUUAGGCAAUUAAAUGUUUCGCCGACAAACGUGAGAAUAACAGCAUGACGUGUCAAAUAACCGGCAUAGUUUUAGCGUAAAUAAAAACAUUAUUGGCAAAAGGUUCUUAAAUGAUUGUUGAAUUUCAUAGCUUUAGUUUCUACUAAUGAUGUUCGAAAUUACUUUUUGCAGUAAAAAUGAGCAUUUUAAUAUUUCAGAACAUCAAUGCAGCGCAAGAUAAACAAAAGCGACAGUACGACCAAAGAAUUAAAAAAAAGGCAGUCCAAAAAAGUUAUCGGGUCGGAGAAAAAGUACUGAUUGUUAACCAAAGAAAAAAAGGCUUAAAAGCCCGAUUUAAGGGCCCCUACCUUAUCUCUGGUGUUACCGAAAAUGGCAACGUUCUUGUUAAUGCUAUGAAUGGAAAAGCUUGCAAGGGUUCAAUAAACAUAAAGAAUGUUAAGAAGUUUAUUGAAGGAGACAACGAUAAUUCAGCAAGUCUGAAUGCCACUGAAUUUAAAGGUAACAAAUUCCUCCGGUUUUCUCGCAAUUUAACUCUAUAAAAAAGCAGUUCUUACUCUGAUUUAGAACUAAAACGCUCUAUUGUCUAUCAUUCAAAGUUCAAUGCAUCUUUAAAUGUUUUCCUUUUUAUAAGUAGGUCUGACGUUUUUAACUAUCCUACAUGGUCUUUUUUCGUAACAGCAUCCAUACAAUAGAGAAAUGGAAAAAAAUCAGAUAAAGUGUUUAUACGCAACGCAGAAGCAGGGAAAUAUUUUUACGAAAGAAAAUAGAUAUUUAAAUUGACUUUUGAAAGUCUUCCUAUGUUUAGAUAAAAUUAUGCCGCAAUACCAGUAGUCUCAUUCUCACAAAUCUUGCAUUGUUUGAUUAUUGUUUAUGGCCUAACUCUAUGGACUCAGUCACAACAUAAUUAGACAUUGCAAUCUCAUUUACUAGUUUUAUGCAUGAAAUAACGAAUUAACUUUUUGUACAAAGGAUCUAAAUAUUAACUAUUACAUAUUGCUUUAAUAAAUGUAAAUGUAUCCUUAAGAACAUCGUUUUUUCCCUAGAAAUGCGAUCUUAAGAAAAUAUGAAGGAAAAAAUCUCCCAUCGAUAUCACAAUUCAAACACUUUUCAAGUCUUCCCAAACAUAUCGUUCCCAUGAUUCAUAUUUUUCCUGUUCCAUUCUUACAGAUUUUAAUGAAUCCGAUUUCAAACCUUAUCUGUACUUUAUGUUACAAUCAACAUGGCGAAUGGGUCUAAAAUUUAAAUAAUUUUCUAAACAUGUACUUAAUUUUCUCCUUUGAUACAAACACAAAGUUCGGAAUAUUUCAGAAAGUAAUUAACGCUGUAAUAUUUUAAAUUUCUUCCGAAAGCAGGAAAGAUAAUGCUUAACAAAGAUUGUUAUGGUUUAUGUGACUAUUAGCCAUUUUGGCUAAAGACCAAGUGCGUACGAAAGAUCAGCAACGAAUGAACUCGAUUUCAAUAAAUGUAUUUUUCUUAAAAAAAAUGAUUAAACUGCAUUUAUUUGUAUUACAGAGUUAUAUGACACAAUCGCAUGUGUGUAAAAUGUUUUUCUUUAGGUCACACUGAGGCUGUAGAACUAAUGAAUGGUAUUGGAAACGAAGGUAACCAUAAACUAUCUACGACAAAAUCCAGUAGUUUCAAUCCACUUGAGUAUAGGUACAGCCAAUACACCAAUUUUUACUAUUAUAUUUAGUGUGUGACGACCAACAAAGAGAAGACGGAGACAAACAAAAUCCAGAAAGUAAGUGCGCCAUUUUAAAAAUAAAUUUUGAUGUUCGAUUACUUGACGUCAUCGAAGAAUCUUAAACUGCAUUUAUUUGUAUUACAGAGUUACAUGACACAAUCGCAUGUGUGUAAAAUGUUUUUCUUUAGGUCACACUGAGGCUGUAGAACUAAUGAAUGGUAUUGAAAACGAAGGUAACCAUAAACUAUCUACGACAAAAUCCAGUAGUUUCAAUCCACUUUAGUAUAGGUACAGCCAAUACACCAAUUUUUACUAUUAUAUUUAGUGUGUGACGACCAACAAAGAGAAGACAGAGAUACACAAAAUCCAGAAAGUAAGUGCGCCAUUUUAUAAAUUAAUUUUAAUGUUCAACUAAUUGAUGUCAUUGAAAAAUCAGUGUAGAGUUAAAAGAUUAAAAUAUUAAUCGUUAUCUGCAUCAGGAAAA